ACACCAAACAUCUGUCCGACUGCAGGAGGAAUCACUUUGCAUCCCUUCAUUAGCCAUGCAGCGUGGUGAAGGUCGCUGCAAUCACAGCCUUAAAUCACGUAAUCAUGGGGAGGCUGAGGAGGCUGCACUUCAUCUAAUGUGAUUGUCAGCUGAGGGUUGUAAAAGGCUUAUGGUCACAACUCACUUUUCAGACAGCUGGUGAUGCUGGAGAUAACUGGAAAUGUGAGUGUGUGUGUUUGUGUGUCACUGGGAUGAGCCAGCUGGAGGGAGGUGGGGAGAUUGUGUGCACUGAUGAACUGAAAGGUGGAUGGUAUAUAAUACAGGCAGAUGCAAGCAGAGGAUCAGAGACUCAGAGAGAAGAUAACAGGCAGGAAAGCCACUCAGAAGAGCUGCAGUGGGUUUGGAAGAGCAACAGAAAGCCCAAAGCAGACGGUCAGACAUCCAGCAUGCGUGCCCUGGUGGUGUUUCCUCUGCUCCUGUGUGCGGUGGUGUGUAUGGACCAGGUGAGAGCAGAGGUGAAGGCGGUGAAGCUGUGCGGUCGGGAGUUCCUGAGGGCCGUCGUCUACACCUGUGGAGGCUCCCGCUGGAGGAGACUCCUCACCGACACGGACAUGGAAGGUCUGGCUACAGGGGAGCAGAGCAGCCUGGAGAGCCUCAGCAGCCGAAGCUCCGAGUUCACCAAACGGGACAUGAACAACAUACUGACCACCGUGUGCUGUCAGGUGGGCUGCAGGAAGAGCGACCUCACCUUCCUCUGCUGAU